AACUCGUAAUACCGUGAGCAUCACGCUAGGGGGCAGCAGUUCUUCCGUGUGAUGAGAGGAGAAUGACCCAUUCACUUCGCUAACGUUACUGGACAAUAUUCCAAACGUCCAGUGAAUAACCCUUUAAACUUGUGACUGGAGCAUACUGAAGUGUUGCCAUCAUGUCCAGUGGUCCAGCAGUGAGGGUCAGCAUCGAGUCUUCCUGUGAGAAGCAGGUGCAGGAAGUGGCCCUGGAUGGAACAGAAACAUAUGUCCCCCCUCUGUCCAUGUCCCAGAACUUGGCAAAGUUGGCACAGAGAAUCGACUUCAGCCAGGGAUCUGACUCAGAGGAGGAUGGGACCGAGGGGGAACCCAGGGACCAUGAGUGGAGCAAGCAGGAGCCAGAGGAAGAAGAAGGCACAGUGAAGUUCCAGCCAUCUCUUUGGCCCUGGGACUCAGUGCGUAACAACCUCCGCAGUGCCCUGACAGAGAUGUGUGUACUCCAUGAUGUGCUCAGCGUGGUGAAGGACAAGAAGUACAUGGCUUUAGACCCGGUGUCUCAGGAUCCAACGGCUGGCAAGACCCCCCAGGUGUUCCAGCUGAUCAGUAAAAAGAAAUCAUUGGGCACAGCAGCGCAGCUCCUCCUGAAGGGAGCAGAGAAGCUCAACAAGUCCGUAGCAGAGAACCAGGAGAACAGGAGGCAGAGGGACUUCAACUCUGAGCUGCUGCGACUCCGCUCUCAGUGGAAACUGCGCAAAGUAGGAGACAAGAUCCUAGGAGACCUCAGCUACCGAAGCGCAGGUUCAUUUUUUCCUCACCAUGGCACGUUUGAGGUGAUCAAGAACACAGACAUUGAUUUGGACAAAAAAAUCCCAGAAGACUACUGCCCCCUCGAUGUCCAGAUCCCCAGUGAUUUGGAGGGAUCUGCUUAUAUCAAGGUGUCCAUCCAGAAACAAGCUCCAGACAUUGGUGAUCUGGGAACUGUCAACCUGUUUAGGAGGCCACCAAAAACCAAAGCCGGUACCCAGCUGUGGCACGUCAAGCUGGAGGCGGCUCAGAAUGUUUUGCUCUGUAAGGAGAUCUUCGCCCAGCUGUCCAGGGAAGCUGUCCAGAUUAAAUCCCAGAUCCCUCACAUUGUGGUGAAGAAUCAGAUCAUCUCACAGCCUUUCCCAGGUCUGCAGCUGUCCAUCUCACUGUGCCAUUCUACGGGGGAGAAGAAGAACCAUCGGGCGUCACCAGAGAAACCCAAACCAGACGACCACCUUUACGUACUGGAACACAAUCUACAUCAAAUGAUGAGAGAGUUCCACAAGCAGCAGCUGAGCUCUGUGGUGAUGCCACAUCCUGCUAGCGCCCCCUUUGGCCACAAGCGCAUGCGCCUAGCAGGGCCACUGGCCUACGACAAAGCUGAAAUCUCCAGCUUGCAACAGAGUGAGGGGCUCCUCGAGAAGAUCAUCAAACAGGCCAAACACAUCUUCCUACGUAGCAGGACGGCGCGGACUAUCGACAGCCUGGCGAGCCGCAUAGAGGACCCGCAGAUCCAGGCUCACUGGUCCAAUAUCAACGAUGUGUAUGAGUCCAGCGUCAAGGUGCUCAUCACCUCUCAGGGCUACGAACAGAUCUGCAAGUCCAUCCAGCUGCAGCUGAACAUUGGUGUGGAGCAAAUCAGGGUGGUGCACAGAGAUGGACGUGUCGUCACAUUAUCACACCAGGAACAGGAACUGCAGGACUUCCUCCUCUCACAGAUGUCGCAGCAUCAGGUGCAUGCAGUUCAGCAGCUGGCCAAAGUGAUGGGCUGGCAUGUCCUAAGCUUCAGUAACCAUGUAGGCCUGGGCCCAGUGGAGAGCAUUGGAAAUGCCUCCGCUGUCACUGUUGCCUCGCCCAAUGGAGAGUACGCCAUCUCAGUGCGUAACGGCCCAGAGAGUGGGUGCAAAGUUUUGGUCCAGUUCCCCCGCAGCCAGACCAAAGAGCUGCCGAAGAACGACGUCAUCCAGGACACCAAGUGGAGCCACCUCAGAGGGCCGAGCAAAGAGGUCCACUGGAGCAAGAUGGAGGGACGAAACUUUGUCUACAAGAUGGAGCUUCUCAUGGCUGCUCUGACUCCCUGUCCGUAGAUACAGUCAGUCUGCGGACUCCUCCCUCAUUACAAAGCCAUGUUUUAUAUAUGUUCAGCCACAACAUUUGAAAGGGACAGCAGCACAAAGGCUUUGCAGUCAUGAUACAGACAGCUCCAUCAAAAAUGUGACAUUUUCUUUUUUGAUACUGCCACAAUCUUCUUUCCACCUCCAGCAGUGUCUGCUGCCUGCUCUGUUUUUGAUUGUGUGUGUGUGUGUGUGCGUGCGUGCGUGCGUGCGUGCGUGUGUGCAUGCGUGCGUGUGUGUGUGUCCGUGCAUGUGUGCGUGUGUGCGUGUGUGUGUGUCCGUGUGUGCAUGUACCUCACACACUUUGAUACAAAAUAAAACAUUAAGUCUGUCUGUAUUUGUGCAGAUUUGUCAUAAUAAGAAUAAAGCUGUGAAUCAGUUUUUUCUUAGGAGUUCUGGCAAACACUUCAGUGUAUUUCUAGUAUGAGGAAUAUGUUUCUGUAGUUUUGCUUUAUCGCAUGUCAGAUUUGAGCAACAGCAUUUUGGAGAAAAUGACUUUCUUCAAAUUCAGAUUCAUCAGUUUUAAGAAAGAACCACAUGUGAGGUUUUAGUUCACCUUUAAUUAAAGGUCCAGUGUGUAGGAUUGAGGGGGAUAUAUUAGCAGAAAUAUCUACAUAGGAAGCGGCUCCUUAUCCACGGAGUUUCUGCAAUUGGACAAACCUAACUCUAGCCCUUUCUACAGAGAUUGUGCUAUAGGGCAGCGUCGAAGUCCCUCUUUUAUGCUGCCUUUGAAUUUUUACGCAAAACCAAUCAGUGGUGGACUCAUGCCACUCUAGUGUGUAAUUUUAGACAGCAUGAUGGCAUCGCUGAAUGAAAAGAGGCAUUACAGGCAGUAACGUUAGAGAGUCGGCCUCUAGUGCGACAUAUCACAUAUGUGUCAGCAGCGCUUUAUAAACAAUAACAAUGGCAUUAACAUGACAAUAACAAUAAUUUACCGGCCAUGUUAUAUGCCGGUUAAUCUGGUCUUCUGUUGAGAGGGCAAGGAGCUCCCAGACCUCAUUGUUUUCCCAAUUGAUGACACAAUUUGGACUCUGUUGUUCUCUGAGUUACCAGCUGCUUUUUAAAUCUCCCACCAGUAGGUCACACACAUAAAACGUCAAAAUAUCACUCCUAUCCCAUCCAUGUUCCCUUCCUGCCAGCUGUACAGCCAUCAUUUCGGUGCUUUUACUACCUAUGCUACCAGCUUGGAGGCGAGACAACCCAAUUAUCCCAUUCUGCAAUUGUACCUAAGCAGCAUAACAGCAUGAAAUUCCCACCCUGAAGAGGCAGUGCAAAAGGGGCUAGUGGCUGUUUACAUUUUCGCAUUGGCCACCACAGCCUCUCUGUGACAUGCCAAACAGUGUUUUUACUUGUUUCAAUCACCCUAUUUGUUUGUUUUGGAGAGGAAGAGACCUCUGCAUUUAAUUCUGGUCGCAAAUUUGCAACUUGCAAUCCUCACUGGUAGAUGACACUAAAUCCCCUUAGAUCUUACACACUGCUUCUUUGAAGUACAGAUGUUAUGCAAGAAAAAGUUGACUGAUUUAUUGUAAUCAAACUCUUUUCUUUAACAUGCUGUGUAUAUAGAUGCUAAUACAGCUUUUUUUAAAUGAGCAGCAGUCUCAUUUAUGCUUGUUUUUUCACUCUCUAGUCUUAUGGUUCUCCCCGUUUGAUCACUGCAUCAGAAGUCCGAUACAGACUACCUGCCGAGAAACUUUUUCCAAGGCCUGUUUCAUGUCUUGAUGGUUGUUGUGAAGAAAGAACAAGUGAAAGAAAACCACACCAUUCAUUUGCUCAGACAAUAAAUACAGUAUGUAUUGUU